GGGCGUUCCCGGGGGCAGCCGAGGGACCACCCCCCCUUCCCAGUACACACAACUUCCCCGCUUUUCACCUGGGACUCGCAGGGCGGCCGGCCGACUUGGACGCGGGACUUCGGGCAGAGGGCGGCCCCCGGCCCGGGUCGCCAGUCGGGGCGGGGGGACGUGCCCGUCGCCCCUAUCAGCUCUCGGAUGGCGCCGCCGGCUGAGUGAGGGAGGCGGCGCGCAGGACUUCCCCGCCCGGACCUCUUGUCGUCGCGGGGAAGAUGUACGAGAGUGUGGACGUGGGGGGGCUCACCCCCACCCCCAAUCCCUUCCUGGUGGUGGAUUUUUAUAACCAGAACCGGGCCUGUUUGCUCCCGGAGAAGGGGCUCCCUGCCACCGGCCCCUACUCCACCCCGCUCCGGACUCCGCUUUGGAAUGGCUCAAACCACUCCAUCGAGACCCAAAGCAGCAGCUCCGAAGAGAUAGUGCCCAGCCCCCCCUCGCCGCCUCCCCUCCCCCGCAUCUACAAGCCUUGCUUUGUCUGUCAGGACAAAUCCUCAGGCUACCACUAUGGGGUCAGCGCCUGUGAGGGCUGCAAGGGCUUCUUCCGCCGCAGCAUCCAGAAGAACAUGGUGUACACGUGUCACCGGGACAAGAACUGCAUCAUCAACAAGGUGACCCGGAACCGCUGCCAGUACUGCCGGCUGCAGAAGUGCUUUGAAGUGGGCAUGUCCAAGGAGUCCGUGAGGAACGACCGAAACAAGAAGAAGAAGGAGGCGCCCAAGCCCGAGUGCUCCGAGAGCUACACGCUGACGCCGGAGGUGGGGGAGCUCAUCGAGAAGGUGCGCAAAGCGCAUCAGGAGACCUUCCCCGCCCUCUGCCAGCUGGGCAAAUACACUACGAACAACAGCUCAGAACAACGUGUCUCUCUGGACAUUGACCUCUGGGACAAGUUCAGUGAACUCUCCACCAAGUGCAUCAUUAAGACUGUGGAGUUCGCCAAGCAGCUGCCAGGCUUCACCACCCUCACCAUUGCCGACCAGAUCACCCUCCUCAAGGCUGCCUGCCUGGACAUCCUGAUCCUGCGGAUCUGCACGCGGUACACGCCCGAGCAGGACACCAUGACCUUCUCGGACGGGCUGACCCUGAACCGGACCCAGAUGCACAACGCCGGCUUCGGCCCUCUCACGGACCUGGUCUUCGCUUUCGCCAACCAGCUGCUGCCCCUGGAGAUGGAUGAUGCUGAGACAGGGCUGCUCAGUGCCAUCUGCCUCAUCUGUGGAGACCGGCAGGACCUGGAGCAGCCAGACAGGGUGGACAUGCUGCAGGAGCCACUGCUUGAGGCACUGAAGGUCUACGUGCGGAAACGGAGGCCCAGCCGCCCACACAUGUUCCCCAAGAUGCUGAUGAAGAUCACGGACCUGCGAAGCAUCAGUGCUAAAGGGGCUGAGCGGGUGAUCACGCUGAAGAUGGAGAUCCCAGGCUCCAUGCCACCUCUCAUCCAGGAAAUGCUGGAGAACUCCGAGGGCCUGGACACUCUGAGCGGACAAGCGGGGGGCGGGGGGCGGGAUGGGGGCGGCCUGGCCCCUCCGCCUGGCAGCUGCAGCCCCAGCCUCAGCCCCAGCUCAAACAGAAGCAGCCCGGCCACCCAUUCCCCGUGACUGCCUGCGCCCCGUGGACACAGCCCUCGCCCCACGCCCUGGCUUUUCUCUGCCUUUCUACCAACCACGCGCCCCCCCGCCAGCCCUGCCCCCCACCUGUCCUCCCUUCCCUGGGGGACUAGAGGGAGGAGGCGGCGACUCUUUGGACAGAGGCCCAGGCCUGCGAUGGACUGCCCGCUCCUCCAGCCUGGGCUGACAUCGGGGGCAAGAACUGAGUGGGGACCCCUGGGCCUGGGCCUCAGGAUGGGCCCUGGGGGCCUCGUGUUCAUCAAGACACCCCUCUGCCCACCUCGCCACAUCUUCAUCACCAGCAAAUGCCAGGACCUGGCUCCCCCAUCCUCCGAACUCGCAAGCCAUUGCCCCCCAGUUGGGGAACCCCCCUGCCUCGGUUGGUGACAGAGGGGGUGGGCCAGGGUGGGGGAUUCCCCCUGUACAUACUCUGCCGUACCAACCCCCAGGUAUUAAUUCUUGCUGGUUUUGUUUUUAUUUUAAUUUUUUUUUUUUGGUUUUGAUUUUUUUAAUAAGAAUUUUCAUUUUAAGCACAUUUAUACUGAAGGAAUCUGUGCUGUGUAUUGGGGGGCGCUGGAUCCAGAGCUGGUGGGGGUGGGUCCUGGGGAAGGGGAGCGGCUCAGAAGGGGCUCCCCCUCUCUCUCCAAGUCCCUGCGCCCCCUAAGCCCUCCUCCCAGCCUUUUCCUCCUCAGUUUUCUCUUUAAAACUGUGAAGUACUAACUUUCUGAGGCCUGCCCUCCCCUCUCCCUCUGCCUAACCACUGGGCAUGGACAGUUUCCCGGCAACCCCUGGAAGGAGGGGGCUCACCCAAGAGAUGGGGCAGGACAAAGCAGGGGGGCCCUCCGAACACACAGGCGUGUGUUUCUCAGCCCUGUGUCCUUGGCGGAGCUGCCUCCCCACCAGAGCCCACGUCAUCGAAGCCCUCCAGCCCCCCUGUGAAGGGGCUGGCUAGGGGGUCCGAGCUGCCCCUGCCCCCCAGCCUCACAGCCACCAGCACCGCCCACAGGGCCCCCAGACACACACACACACACACACACACACACACACACACACACACACACGGUGGACAGACGGGCCGACAGACACACGUGGCCUGAGUUUCUCCAUUUCCCUGCUCCCCCCACAGCCAUGCCCCCUUCUUGCCCCGCAGGACGGGCCUAUAGGGGGCCCCCCCUCCCAUCACCCCUGCACCCCUGGGCUGGGGGAGCUGGCUCUGCCCUGCCCUCCCUGCCCCGGGGUUGGGGUCUCAUCCCCCAGAGCCCGCUGGUGCACCUGUUACUGUUGGACUUUCCACUGAGAUCCACUGGGUGAAGAAUAAAGUUAUAUUUAUUCUA